GUGUGGCAGAUUUGACACUUCAUCAGCUGAAGAUGGAUCACACAAAAAUCCACUAUAGACGUUAUCGUCUCCCGUGAUUUUAUUCUAUAGUAGUAGAGUAGAGACUAGACUCUGGAGAGUGACCCCUCUUUUAUUUAUUUCUUCUCUUUUAUCCUUUCAAAACUCGACAAACAACAGUUGCAAUGGUUACUGCGGCAGUAGUUGGAUCAGUUACAGGUCUCUCGUUUCCUCCUCAGAUCUUCGGCAGCGAUGGCUCUUCUAAUCCUACAAUACCCACUUCCAUAAACCCAUCUCUGUUUCCUAAUUUCUUCAGAAAUUCUCUCCUCAAAAGACCCUCUUGCGCUCUUAGAGUUUCAGUCUCUAGCGGACCUAAAACGGAAGGAGUUGAGCAAGCCCAAGAUUCUCCUGCUACGACUGACUCCGUUCGACAAGCUCGGAGGUCUGCUGAUUGGAAGGCAGCAAGAACUUAUAAAGAAAGUGGAUUCAUCUACGACGGUAGGAUUGAAGGUUUUAAUGGCGGAGGUUUGCUGGUGCGAUUUUAUUCACUUUUGGGCUUUGUACCUUAUCCACACUUGAGUCCCUCUCGUGCUUGUAAAGAACCAGAGAAGAACAUUCAACUGAUAGCAAAAGGUUUAGUUGGUUCGCGUAUUUCUGUAAAGGUAAUACAAGCAGAUGAGGAGAACAGAAAGUUGAUAUUCUCAGAAAAGGAAGUGUUAUGGUCAAAGUUUUCUCCAAAUGUAAAAGUAGGGGAUAUUUUUGAGGCAAGGGUGGGUUCUAUUGAAGAUUAUGGUGCCUUCGUUCACCUUCUUUUCCCUGAUGGUUAUUAUCAUCUCACUGGACUUGUACAUGUGUCAGAGGUUUCAUGGGAUUUGGUUCAAGAUGUGAGAGAUAUCAUAAAUGUAGGUGAUAACAUAAAAGUCAAAGUUAUCCAAAUAGAUAGAGAAAAGUCUAGAGUUACUUUAUCGAUCAAGCAGUUGGAGGAUGAUCCUCUAUUAGAGACAUUGGAUAAAGUAAUUCCUCAGGAUGGUCCAUCUGAGUCUGACAAUUCAGGCAUUUCUGGCAAUUUGAAAAUUGAACCUUUACCUGGUCUUGAUAUUAUCUGUGGAGAGCUACUUCAAGAAGAUGGGUAUGACUUCUUUAUUGCUUGCUCCUGAUAAGUGUGAUUUUCA